AUGGGACCUUUCCCAAACUCCAAAGGAAACCGUUACAUACUCGUGGCGAUUGACUACGUGUCUAAAUGGGUUAAGGCUCAAGCUCUUCCCACAAAUGAAGCCCAGGUAGUGUUGAAAUUUCUUAAGAAGCUCUUCUCCCGAUUCGGUACACCUAAAGCCUUAAUUAGUGACCGUGGCACUCACUUUUGCAAUGCAUUGAUGGAGAAAUUGCUUGCACGCUACGGUGUCACUCAUCGUUUGUCUACCGCAUAUCAUCCACAAACAAGUGGACAAGUGGAGAAUGCGAAUUGCGACUUGACCGAAGCCGCUAGGAAGCGAUUCUUUCAAAUUCAUGAGCUUGAGGAGCUUAGGGAUACGACGUAUGCUAGAUCGUUGGGAAUCAAGGAGAAAACGAAGGUGUUACAUGAUAAGAAGUUGAGAAAAGUGAAGGAGUUUAGCAAAGGCGACAAAGUGCUUCUUUAUAAUUCAAGGUUGAAGCUCUUUGCGGGUAAAUUGAAAUCGAAGUGGUCGGGACCGUAUAUGGUUCAUUAUGUGUUUCCGCAUGGAGCGGUGGAGAUCAUGGAUGAGACGGAUGGCCGUAGUUGGAAGGUGAACGGCCAUCGUUUGAAACAUUACAUUGGAGGAGCGAUAAACAAGAACGAGAGGGAGGAAACUCCUCUCGAAAUCCCACCUAAAGCCGCCAACUAA